AUGAAGUUUACCUCAGUUUUUAAGCGGACCAAAGAAGCCUUGUUUGUUAACCUGGUCAAAAAAGAAAAGAAACAAGUUCCUGAACUGGACAUUUCAUGUUAUGUCCGUCCAACAGGCUGUAACAUUUGUAAUGACAUUAUCCCACAUUGUUGUUAUGACUUGCUACAAAAAGUGAACAACGGCGAAAUUGCAGCAAAUGAUGAUCUUAUUGCCUAUCUGCAUGAGCAGGAAUUGAUCAGACGUAGCAUGAUUGAACAACAAGAGAGAGAAAGCUGCGAAACUAUCACGAACGACAGUGAAGAGGUAAUGAGUAUUCAAUCUUCCAUGAAUUGGAGGUACAACUCGGAAACUUCCUCAAGUGUUGAAUCUCCGGUCACUGCCACGAUCAGUUCGACCGCCUCAAACAUAGUCCCUAUUAUCAAACUCGACCCCAUAGUCUCCCCAUGCCUUAAGGCGAACGCUCAUAUACCCAGUGAGCUAGUACCCUCGAGAACAAAGCACGCCACCAACCCCAAUUGGUGCGCCGGCUCUUAG